AAUAAAGUGUGGGGGAGAAUUAGGGGAAUGGAUGAGGGUUUACCUUAACCUUUGCAGUAUCAGUUGUAGCAUUUCUCAUUUGGCGUUACCUUUCCGCCGGCUGCAAACAAUCCCGCCGCCGCCACCACCACCGCCGUCUUCCCGGUUGCUGACGGCCGCCAGGCCGCUCUGGAACCUUGCUCCUUUCCGGCCGGCUCGAUUAUACAGUAGCCGUAGGUGUAUUAUUCCAACAGAAGAAGCGUCGUCUCCAGCAUCUAUGGGGUCUCAGGCGACCGAUUCCGAGUGGCCGGCCAACCGAGUUAGGGAUACCUUCAUCAAGUUCUUCGAGGAUAAAGCUCAUGUUAAUUGGAAAUCAAGUCCCGUUGUUCCCCACAAUGAUCCCACUCUUCUCUUUGCCAAUGCUGGCAUGAACCAGUUCAAGCCUAUCUUCCUGGGCACAGCCGAUCCGAACACCGAGUUGAGCAAACUCAGCCGUGCCUGCAACACUCAGAAGUGUAUUCGAGCGGGUGGCAAACACAACGAUCUUGACGAUGUCGGAAAGGAUACUUACCAUCACACCUUCUUCGAGAUGCUUGGGAAUUGGUCCUUUGGGAAUUAUUUCAAGAAUGAGGCCAUUGAAUGGGCUUGGGAGCUUCUUACCAAGGUGUAUAAAUUGCCCGGUGAGCGGAUUUAUGCCACCUAUUUUGGCGGUGAUGAGAAACAGGGCCUUCCUGCUGAUACUGAAGCGAUGGAUAAGUGGCUUACAUUUCUUCCUCCCAGCCGUGUCUUGCCUUUUGGUUGCAAAGACAAUUUUUGGGAGAUGGGAGAUACUGGCCCGUGUGGACCCUGCACUGAAAUUCAUUUUGAUAGGAUUGGUGGUCGGGAUGCAGCAUCCUUUGUGAACAAUGAUGAUCCUACAGUCAUUGAGAUAUGGAAUCUUGUUUUUAUCCAGUUUAACAGGGAAUCAGAUGGCUCAUUGAAACCUCUACCUGCAAAACAUGUCGACACUGGAAUGGGUUUUGAGAGAUUAACAUCUAUACUUCAAAAUAAGAUGAGCAAUUACGAUACUGAUAUAUUCAUGCCCAUUUUCGAUGCAAUACAACAGGCAACUAAAGCAAGGCCGUAUUCUGCCAAAGUUGGACCUGAUGACGUGGACAAAGUUGAUAUGGCAUACAGGGUUGUGGCUGACCACAUUAGAACAAUUUCAUUUGCCAUUGCUGAUGGUUCCUGCCCAGGUAAUGAGGGGCGUGAGUAUGUGUUAAGGCGUAUCCUCCGACGGGCUGUGAGAUAUGGUACUGAAGUCCUAAAAGGACCGCAAGGCUUCUUCAAUGGGUUGGUACAGGUUGUGGUGGAGGUCAUGGCAGAUGUUUUUCCUGAGCUGAAAGAACAUGCAACAAAGAUUAGGGAGAUCAUUGCUGAUGAAGAGACCAGCUUUGGCCGGACAUUGACUAAAGGAAUUGAGAAAUUCAAGAAGGCUGCUCAAGAGCUCCAAGGGACCACUCUUAGCGGACAGGAUGCCUUUGACUUAUGGGACACGUAUGGCUUUCCUUUGGAUCUAACUCAGCUGAUGGCUGAAGAAAGAGGCUUGUCUGUUGAUGUUGAUGGCUUCAAUACAGCUAUGGAAAAAGCCAGGGAAAGAUCAAGAAGAGCUCAGAAUAAGCAAGCUGGUGGUACUAUUGGUAUGGAUGCUGACGCCACAGCCUCUAUGCACAAGAAAGGAAUUGCUGCAACAGAUGACUCGUUCAAAUUUACAUGGUUUCAGGAUCAUACCAGUGUGAUAAAGGCUGUUUACACAGGAAGUGAGUUCCUGGAAAGUGUCGCUCCUGGUGAAGAAGUGGGCUUAAUCCUUGAAAGUACUAGCUUUUAUGCUGAGCAAGGUGGUCAGAUAUUUGAUACUGGAUUACUUGAAGGUCCUGAUGGACCUUUUGAAGUGAGUAAUGUUCAGACCUUUGGUGGGUUUAUUCUUCACAUUGGUUCUUUUAGUGGAAAAACUGGCAGAUUGUAUAUUGGCGAUAAAGUAAUUUGUAAGGUUAACUAUGAUAGACGGAGGCAGAUUGCUCCCAAUCACACCUGUACACACAUGUUAAAUUUUGCUCUAAGGGAAGUACUUGGUAAUCAUAUUGACCAGAAAGGGUCCAUUGUGCUUGCAGAAAAAUUGAGAUUUGACUUUUCUCAUGGGAAGCCUGUGAAGCCCGAGGAGCUUAGAAAAAUUGAAUCAAUUGUAAAUGAACAAAUUGAGGCUGAACUGGAUGUGUAUUCAAAGGAGACCAAGCUGGAUGAUGCCAAGCGCAUAUAUGGUCUAAGAGCUGUUUUUGGGGAGGUAUAUCCUGACCCUGUUCGAGUUGUGGCAAUCGGACGUAAAGUUGAGGAUCUACUUUCAAAACCUGAAAAUGAAGAAUGGGCAUCAAUUUCUACUGAGCUAUGUGGAGGGACACAUAUAUCAAAUACAAGGGAAGCCAAAGCAUUUGCACUCUUGUCAGAGGAAGGAAUUGCUAAAGGAAUCCGUAGAGUUACAGCUGUUACAACAGAUUACGCUUUCAAAGCAUUGGAACUUGCUUCAUCACUUGAGCAAGAAGUAAAAGAAGCUUCAAUUGCUGAAGGAAGCGUCUUGGAACAGAAAGUAACUUCUUUAAAUAGUCGUGUGGAAGGAGCAUCUAUCCCUUCUGCAAAGAAAGCUGAUCUCAAGGCCAAAAUCUCUGUGCUUCAGAGCCAAGUGAUAAAAGCCAAAAAGAAGAUAGCUGAAGAGCAUAUGCAGAAAGCUGUUGAAGUUGCCACCCAAACAGCUGAAGGUGCUUUGUCGAAUGGAAAGACCUUCUGCAUUUCACUUGUCGAUGUUGGUGCAGAUACUACUGCCAUUCGGGAGGCAGUUGUCAAAGUCAUGGAAAAGAAGGGGAUGGCAGUUAUGGUCUUUAGCAUAGAUGAAAAGGUGAACAAGGCUUUUGUAUGUGCUGGUGUACCGGAAGAUGGCAAGUACGGGCAAUUGAACGUGACAGAAUGGUUGAAGAAAGUUUUGGACCUGAUAAAUGGAAAAGGUGGAGGAGGAAAAGGUGGUCUUGCUCAAGGCCAGGGAAGCGACUCGUCUCGCGUUGAAGCUGCAAUGGAUGUGGCGGAAUCCUUUGCUGCGAUGAAGUUGACUUGAUUGAAUUGAAUGGGCGUUGCUGCUUAUGAAGCAAAUUAUUUAAUAUUUAAAAUGAAAUUAGUACAUGAGAUGACACAGGGAUGGCAUGAAAUGUGUUAGAGAUUGCACUCUCUUUUCCAUUUGUUCUUGUUUGAUCACUUUGUCGGUUUCAACAGCACAUCUAUUACAGUUGAACAUCGUUAUAAUAUCAUCGAACCGAGCAAAAGUUUCCGUUGAUUGCUCAAAUUGGGUAU